UUAACGUUCGUAUACUGAAGUCAUUGUCAUGUACUACAUGACAUGUAGUACAAUAUUGAUACACCUAUACCUGUAUCCAAUCGUGCGGCAGAUAUUAAUUGUUAUGAUCGAGUUCUGUUGAACUAAAAAAAGAACUAAAAUUAUUAAUUUGACAAAUUAAACGUGUUAAAUUGUGGAAUAAUAGUUAUUUGUAUUUUAUUGUGAAUUUUGAGUAGACAAUUGUGAAAAAACUUAGGCCAUAAGUGGAGUAAUGAAUUAAAUAAGCUAACAGUUUUUAUCUAUGGACGAUGUUAUUUGAUUGCAAGCCAAAAUAUAUCAACUAUAUAAAGUUUAAUUUUUUUUUAAUGACAGAACUUGACAUUUUUUAAAAACAGUAUAUCAUUGUAAAAUAAAAAACAAGAAAAUGGUUCUUAAUAGAAGAAGUUUAGAAAAUUUGAAAAAAAUUGUACCUGGUAGAGGAAAAGCUACUGCACAAGAAGAACAGAUGCGAGUGUUUGUUCGUAUAAAACCAUUAGUUUAUGAAGAUGGUAACCCUAAACCGAAAACUAUUAAAGUAAGGAAUGAAUAUGCUUUAAUAUUUGACCCUAAGCAAGAUGAAACACCUUUUUUUUUCCAUGGUGUAAAACAAAAUCCACGCGAUAUCUCAAAAAAACAACAUAAAUCCAUCAAGUAUGAUUUUCAUAGAGUAUUUGGACCAGAAAGUACAAAUGAAGAUAUAUAUAAUGAAAGUACUAAAGAUCUCUUAGACAAGCUUUUAAAUGGAUAUAAUUGUUCUGUGUUCGUUUAUGGAGCAACAGGUGCUGGAAAAACCUUUACUAUGUUGGGUAAUGAUUCUAAUUAUGGCAUAACUUAUUUAACUAUGAAAGAUUUAUAUGAAAAAGUAAAUGAACAACAAGAAACAAAAAAGUUUGAAAUCUAUGUUUCAUAUCUUGAAGUAUAUAAUGAAAUGGUAUAUGAUUUAUUAGUAAAUGAAAAAAAACCAUUGUUUUUACGUGAAUGUGGAAAUACUACUUCUGUAGCUGGCAUUUCUAUAAAAAUGGUGAAUAAUGUUGAUGAACUUAUUGAAAUGUUAAGGAGAGGUAAUGAUAACCGCACACAACACCCAACAGAUGCAAACGCUGAAUCAUCUAGAUCACAUGCUUUGUUUCAAGUCUAUAUACAGAUGACAUAUAAACAUACAGAUCAAGUAAAAAUGGCAAAACUUUCAAUGGUUGAUCUAGCUGGAUCAGAAAGGGCAUCUUCAAAUAAAGGAAUGCGUUUCAAAGAAGGUUCUAAUAUUAAUAAAUCAUUACUAGCUCUUGGAAAUUGUAUUAAUAAUUUAUCUGAUGGUUUGCGACAUAUUCCAUACCGUGAUUCUAAAUUGACAAGACUUCUAAAAGAUUCACUUGGUGGAAAUUGUAAAACACUAAUGAUAUCUUGUGUAUCUCCAGAAGUCUCUUCCUAUGAAGAUACUCAUAAUACACUGAAGUAUGCUGCUAGAGCUAUGAAAAUCAAGUCCAAUUUAAAGGAAAAUGUGUUGUCAGUCAAUCAUCCUCCUGCUCAUUAUUUAAAAAUUAUAUCUGGGCUGGAAGAUGAAGUUCAAAAACUAAAAACUAGGUAUGAAGAUGUUCUAAAAUCUAAAUCACCUUUGCCUCCAGAUAAUUUAGAAGAUUUAAAGAAUACUUUAGAAACACUAUUUACUGCAAAAUUAAAAAAACAUGUAGAAAUUUUACGCUUAGAAUCAGCUCAAAAAAAAACUGAACUUAGAAUAUUCUUAAAAAAGAGUUUAAUUGAACGUUAUUCAUUGUUUGACUCUCAAAAUGGAGAAGAAAUGGUCAAUGAAUUAAAUCGAAUUAACAUGGCUAUACAGCAGUUUGAAGGACGUAUGGCUAGUAUAAAUGCUCAAUUAAAUAUCCUAUGGGAUGAAGCUCUAGCGACAAAUAAUGAACUACAGACGUUCUUAAAGAAACUGGAAGAAGAUAACGUAAAACAAUUUUUAGAUGUUGACAUAACUAGCUAUGAUGCAAUGAUUGUUAUUGAAGAAAAAAAUACUCUUCUUGAACAUAGAAAUGAAAUAGGUAUGAUUUUAGAUAGCAAUUUUCAUAUCAGUCAAGAACUCAACAAAAUGUUUGCUGAAAAAACUAAUGAAUACUAUUCACUUUUGGAAGCUCACAAUAAAGCUACAGAAGAAAUGAAAAAAAGUCAUUCAAAUAUGACAAAAUCAUUUUUGGGUGGUUUAAAAGCAGUUAGUUGGGAUUUCUCCCCAGGAAAUCAAUGUAAAAUAAAUAGAGAUGCUUAUUUCAAUUUAACUGAACUUAGUAUUGACAAUCUCAGAAAUUGUACAAAACCAGGAAACUCUUUGAGACCGAAUAAAAUAAUAAAAUUGGAAGCUAUGAGUCCUGUUCAAACAAUAGAAAACAAACUACAAAAUAUAACAAUACAAUCAGAUUCAAAUGUAAAAAUGGAGAUAUCUCCAGAAACUAGUGCUAAUGAAACUGUUGUGAUUUCAAAUCAAGCUGAAAGUUUAAAUAAUACUUUUGUAUUAAAACAAAAUGCAGAUGCUGCAUUAAAUACUAAUAAACGCCAAGCUACAACUACACCUCAUCGAAGUAAACCCCCUAUUGAUACUCGGUGUUUGACAAAAUCUAUAACUAAGCCAACUAUACAAAGAAAACGAGUGGUUCUAAAUAAUCACAAAACAGGACAUGUAGCCAGAAAUAUUAAUCAAGAAAAUUUUCCUCUUUUAAUGGCAGCCACUAAGACUUUAGCUGAUCCGAUCCUCGCAAAGACAGUUACUAAAACCAGAGCAAUUUCUUCUAAUGUUCUCUCUGCUAAAUCUGUAAAAUCAAGGAUAAACUCAAAAGAUACAAAUAUGUUGAUUAAUCUUAAAAAUCAAAAACCCACAUUGACCAUGAGGCAACGAAAUUGGCUAUAAUAAAUAAUAGUGGUUAUAUGUAUGAACAAUAUUAUGAAUA